AUGACUUCCUCCACAAAGACGUUUCUUUUCGGCGGUGAUGAACCCUGGUCCCCGCAGGACUGGAUCGCGUCUGACGAUCGCGUCCGCGGAGGCGCCUCCCACUCCUAUCUCGACUGUGACCCUUCCUCCAAUGCAGCUCGCUUCCAUGGCCAUCUCGAUAUUCAUGCGCUAGGUGGGGCUGGGUUUGCUUCGCAACGUACUACAGGCGACAAAAGCUGGGAUCUAACCGGCAACGACGGGUUGGAACUGGACGUCAAGCAGUCCGACGGCAUAAAGUACACCAUCACGCUGAAAGACACCGUACUGCCCAAGCGGCCCGAUGGCCGAGAGCAAAGCACUAUCAACUGGGAAUGUGAUUUCUGUGCGCCUGACAAAGGGCCGUUCGUCAUGCAAUGGAAAGAUUUUCGCCCCACGUACCGGGGGAAAGACAAAGAGGACGCCCCUUCCUUGGACCGGAGUUCUAUUAAGCGAAUCAGCAUCAUGAUGCGGAGUUUCUUCGGUACCCAGGAGGGUGACUUUAGCCUAGAAAUAGCCUCCAUUGCUGCUGUUCGGGCGGAAAAUUGA